AUGCCCCACGACCACCACGACAAUUGUUGCAGUCAUGGUGACCAUGAUCAUAAUCUCAAUGACGAUGACGUCGGUCCCAACGACAAUCUCUUCCCUUACAUUGAUCGCCCAAAUGUAGUCGCUUUGAACGCGACAACGCAAGGAUCGUAUCUCAUAAAGCCAUGGCAUGAACGAAGGAAUGAAGAUGUGUUUGUGGAAUCUGAUACAGACGAACAAUUGAUCAUACGUGUUCCCUUCAAUGGGUCCGUCAAACUCAGGAUGCUGCUGCUCAAAACAGGCCCUGGCGAUCAAACAGCAGAAAAAGUGCUCCUGUAUGCGAAUGCGCCAAGCUUGGAUUUCGGCGAUGUCCAGGACAGUACCCCAACCCAGGAGUUCGAGGUCGCGGUUUCACCUGACGUUUGUGAGUACCCGGUCAAGGCGGCGAAAUUCAGUAGCUUGUCGUCCGUGUCCAUUUUUAUCCCUUCCAAUCGAGGGGCAGACACAACCAAAUUAUUUUAUAUUGGUUUCCUCGGGCAUUGGAGCCAACGUAAAGAAAACCCUGUGAUCACUGUCUACGAGGCACAGGCGAACCUGGCAGAUCACGAAAAGAUUCAAGGAACCGAGGGCAACUUUAGUACUACCCAAUCAUAG